AUGUCUACAGCUAAAGACGCACGACGCCUGACAGGCUACACAGAUAAUUCACAACCCCUUUAUGACGAUGAUAUGGAAGAUUACCAACAUUACAACCACAUUGAAGACGAUGUAUAUGAUGAAUAUGAUGAAGAUUUAGAUGAUGUUCUUGGCAACAGCAAUAAGCAAGAUGACGAUGAAGAAGACGACGACACAGGAUCCGAAUUAAGCAUUCCCGAUCCCAACAUUGACUUUGAUAUGGUAUAUGCGCUUCAUACCUUCGCCGCCACUGUGGAAGGACAAGCCUCAGUAGUGCGCGGUGAUGCAUUGACAUUACUGGAUGACAGCAACUCGUAUUGGUGGCUUGUUAAAGUACUAAAGACGGCUGAAGUAGGAUACAUUCCUGCAGAAAAUAUUGAGACUCCUCAUGAAAGAUUGGCUCGUUUAAAUUCUCAUCGUAAUAUCGAACUUACAAGAAAAGAUAUUCAAGAUGCUUUCCCCACACCUCCUUCCAAUAAAGUAAAAAAGACCAAGCGUGUGACGCUUGCUAAAGGCGUUCAAUUUCAAUCUCAAAUUAUCUUUGGUUCAAGUGAUGAUGAGGAUGACUUUUUUGAAUCUCAAUUUGAACAGUGGGACGAAAGAAUGCAGUCUGAUCUUUCUGAUAUGUCUGAUGAUUCAGACGUUGAUAGUGAAGAUCCUUACGAUUAUUACGAUCAUGCCACUGCCACUACAAAUGCUAGACAAUCUUAUUCCGAGCAGUCCGAUAACCUGUAUGCUUCCUAUACCGAUAAACAAGACGAUUACUAUACCGAAGCUCGCCUCAGUGGCGAUUCAGACAUUCUCAAUGAUCGAGAGCCUAGCAACAGAGAUACACUAAAUUUAGAUGAAGAGACCAUCAAAAUCUCAUUGACUCCCUCCAUUGCUCGAGACGACCAUCGUUCAUCAGAUAGUAGCAUCACUGGCAAAUUAAAAAAAGCCGCAAAGCUAGAUCAAUUAUUACGUUCAUCAUCUCCUGAAGAACCUCAGCAAGAACGCAGAGGAUCAAAAGACAGCAAUAGCAAGAAGGAAAAAUCCGGCAUUCGUAAAUUUUUCAGUCGUAGCAAUAGUAAAAGUAAGAGCGCUAAUACGUUGGAAAGACAAUCUUCGGGUGGAUCACAAUAUGAGACAGCUUCUAUUAGCUCACAAUCUACUGGAAUUGUCUCAGUUCUGGACCGUGAUAGAUCUGGUAGCUUAGAUUCUACCAUCCAACAACAGGGUACCGAAUUGAAAAUUCAUGCUGGUAAUAUCAAUCAUUUCGUAAACACCAGUGGGUUGAUGCAAUCCUACAAAUACGUCACUGCCUAUCCUUCCACUACGGCUACAGAUUUGAUUCAUAUGGCAUUGACUGAUCAGGAACAAUUACAACAACAAGAUAUGACAUACCAUGAUUUUUAUCUGAUCGUCCGAACAUUGGGUGGAGAUGAAUGUACACUUGUCCCUUCCGAUAAACCAUUAGAGAUCUUCCAUUCAUUAACAGCUCAUUUAAAUACACCAAUGCCAUCCUUGAAGAAAGCACGACGUAUCUCUCAGUUGAUGGGCAGUGAUAACGGAACACAUAUGGGACGACCCAGUAAAGAAUUGGCUAACGAAGACGAAGUUCAAUUUUAUUUGCUUUCUAAAACAAAACGAAUUGAUGAUGGUGAGAUUCAAAUUAAGGUCUCAUUAUUUCCUUCUCAACUACAACAACAAGCAUCGGACGACGUGACUAAAAGAGUAGACAAACUUGUAAAGAUUCCUUCCAGUAUUUUAAUUAAAGAUGCAGUGACGCUUUUGCUGGAGAAAUUCCAUAUUUUAAACGGUGUGGUAGCUGGACCUCAGACAGAGGAUGACAUUAAAUCACUUCGAUUGUCUGAGCAAGAUAUUCUUAAAUACCAUCUUGCAGUGAAUAAGAAUGGACAAGAAUAUUUACUUGAUUUAGAAGAAAAAUUAUUGAAUGUGUUUGAGGAUGAUCAAAUUCCUAAUAUUCAUUAUCGCCGCAACAGUAAUCCUGACCGAACUUCAAUCACAGUGAAUAUCACACCUCCCGAAAAGGAUGAGAUUUUCUUCAUUUUGAAAUGUGUUGAGUCUAAAAAGAAGGAAGACGUGGAAGACUCACGACAUCAUCGUCCUCAUCAUCAUCAUCUUGUUCGACAAGAUACACCCAUGCCUCGUCAAGAGACUACGCCUACGGACGGAUUUAAAUACGACCGAGCCCCAUCUUUACCACAAUAUCAGCCUCAGGUGAUUUUGGCGGAAGAAAUUAAUCGAGAAUUAAGUGGCAGCCCCAUUGAAUUAUCUAGUUCACCGCCUAGUGAAAAUAUCUUGUCCCAAUUAGACGAGGCUAUUGAUACCCUUAAUAAAUCCACAACACAGCCACAGCGUGUAAGACCUGAAUCGUCGGAAUCCAUGUUAUAUUGCAACGACUUUGGUAUGAAUGACCUCAUGGUCAUGAUUCGUGGUGCAGCAAGUGCGCAAGAAAAGAAACUCACAGGUAGAAAUUCCAACCGACCUAUUCGUUCUGAAAUUAGUGAAGUAUUUAAAGAUAGUCAUACUCGAUUAGAUCAAUUAGAAAAGGAAUUAGAUCGUCUCAUGUCUGAAGCCGUCAAAGUUUAUCAUUAA